UCUUUCCCUUUAACAAACUUCACCUGGACACACCUGAACUUCCACUUCGGGAGAUUCAUUUCAAUAGGCGAAAACCAAUCCUGAAAGCAAAAUAACCUGCGCUGAAAUUUGGAAUUUCUGUAUUCAGAGCCAGGGACAAUGGACACGGGCCCUCCUGGACCAGCAGCGGUGCCCCAAACCCCUGAAUGGGUAGCAGAUGUGGACAAGCUAACAAAGAAUGUGAAGAACAAUGAGGAGGAGGAAGAGGAAAUGAUCAAGUCUGCAAAUAUGGAACCCAGUACCCUACAGUGGCCUGAGAAUAAACCCGGACCACAGAUUCUGCCAGUCCAGGAUGGAGAGAGCGUAAGCGUGAGAUCAGAUUGCAUCUCGCUCCGGGGUGGAGUGAGCCGGACUGAGAGCGAAAGAGAGGAGUUUGGGAUGGGAGAGAAGAGGAAGACAGGUGAGGAAUGGAGAGAAAUGGAGACAGGAAAAGAGAGCAUUUCUGACUUUGAGCUGAGAAACGGAGUGAAAAGCACCUGUUCAGAGAUAGAGGUGGAGGAGAUGAACAUGAUGCCAGAGAACGCAGCCCGAGUCUUCAGCCCCAGCAUCACCAUCCUGCGCUCCACCAGCCAGCAGGAGGCUGCAGACCGCUGGAGAGAUGCUGAAGAAGAGAGAAGCGUCUUCCUCGGGACACAUGAGACACAUGGAACACCAAUAGAAGGCUAUUACCACGACUGGCCAGUCACAACCAAAUCACGCUGCUGUAAUUUUGGUGGAUCUAAUCGUGAUGCUCUUAAACUGGGUGCGUCCAUGUUCACUUCAGCUUUGAUCUUCCCCUUGUUGGUGUGGGGCGGGUACGUCUUCCUGCCCUUUGAUGCCCCUCUGCUUGACAGUGCGCCCUUACGGCUGGUCUACACACUGCGCUGCUCUGUUUUUGCAGUCAUACCAAUUGUCCUUGGUAUGUUGGUACUAGGUGUGUCUCGUCUGUGGUAUCGCUCAUUGAAGCCACGGUUUGAGGGGGAGAGAGAAGUUAAGCAGGUGGAAGUUCACCAGCGCUAUGUGGAGGAUUCCAUCUCCCUCUUCCUCCUUUACUUCCUCCAACUGGCUGUCAUGGCUGCUUACCUGAAACAGGAUCUCCUGAAACUAAUUCCUCUUCUCACCAUCGUCUUUGCCUUUGGCAGGUUGCUGUACUGGGUCGCAGCCGCAUGUGGCAGCAGUUUCAGAGGAGUCGGCUUUGGGUUCUCGUUUCUACCCAUGGUGGUUAUGCUGGUGGCCAACCUCUACUUCAUCUUCCUCUCCGAAUCCGCAGGCUCCAUCUUCGCCCCAGACAUCCCAGAGACACCUGUUCCUCAAACCAAACAGAGGUUCUGGGGCUAAACAAGCCACACCUCUGCUACUGCCAAAUGAAAGACUAGAUCUCUUUAGGCUUAGAGCCAACUUAAAUUGGACAUUUGUGUCUGAGAAUGUUUAAUCCAACUGUGAUUUCAUUUUCCACUCUUGUUCUUUGCUUUCCUGACUACUUCUAUACCAUGACCAGGUGGGUCAAAAUAGCCAGA